GUGAUAAUGCACCUUCUCGCGAUUUUUUCCACAAUUUGCGCGAUAUCGGCGCAAGAAUGCUUCGACGACGGCAACGAGUUCUGCAUCAACCAAGACGACAUACUUUCCAUAGAUCUUUUACCCGGAACGUUUCUAUUUACCGAUCAAAACGGCAAUACCUCCAACACAAGCAAACUUCCGACAAACGAAAGUGUAGACGGAUCUUUCGAUAGAGCGUUAAACGAAAUGGAUUAUCAUAGGAAAAGAAUGAACGAGUACCUUUGUCACGGCUACAUGGCGGAAGAAAUAUUUAAGGAAGUGAGCACUCCGAGAAUAAAACGACGUCCUGAAUCUUCGCCAAACAACAAUCUGCGUAAUUUUUUAAGCAGUGACAAUGUUACGAUACACGACAAGCUUCUGUCGGACGAAGGAAGCUCGAAGUAUAAAAAUUGGCUGCAACGCACAACUACAUUAGAUGAUAUAUACCGACAUUACGCACCUCAUAAGAAGAUAAUGAAAAAACAAGAUGCCCAACAUGAAAACAUCGAAGAGUUCGACGGCGAAGUGACGGGUUUCGCGAUGCAAGCUCCUCUGCCAACCGGAAAAGUGGGCUUGCACGAGCCGUCUCACGAAGGCGACACGUUAUCGUCGUCGUCGGGACAUCACAGCUUUCACUACGGGCCGGCGUAUGGCCACUAUCAUGGCGACUUCGGACAUCACGGCAACCAUUUCGGACAUCACGGUGACUUCUUCCCGUCCAUCCAUGAGGAGUACUAUUACGCACCGCCAGCACAUCAUCAUGAUCAGGAGGAAGAGGAUCACAGGCCUUCUUAUUCCAAGGGAAAGGGCGAUCUCUCGGUCAAAGAUUUCUUCGAAAUUGCGCUCACCGCUCUUGCCUUCUUGGCGUUCGGACUCUUCCUCAUUCAGCUACUAAUGAACGCGAACAACAACAAUCCGCCCAUGAUGAUGACUACCGGCAGGCAACGUGUCAAACGGCACGCAAUUCCCGUUCCCUUGUCGUCGAUCAGUAACGAUGACCUGAACGAAUUAUCAUAUCGCGUCUUGAGGUCCAUAGAGGCGUCUAUGAUCGCCGAAACGGACGCCGGCAAUUGUCUGCGCAGGAUGCUGUGUGAGAAUAAUCGAUACUCCAGGGAGACUAACGACGGGCGUAGGAUCUGGAUUCCCGUUUGGAGCCUGGGUAUGAGUUGGCUGUCGGGCAGAGUGUUGAGCAGGACUCCGUGGUCGGCAAUGUUGGACUCUGUGAAAGCAUCCAUUCUCGGCUUGGGCGGAAUCGAUUGCGCCUCCUUCUAUCCCGGGUGUAAUCUUGAGAAGGAGCGGAUUAAAAGACGACGCAGGAAGAGGAAAUAA